AUGGGACAAUCUAUUAGUCAUAGUAUUAGUAUUAUUAAUAGUAAUACUAAAAAAAGUAAAAUUGAAAUUAUUAAUAAUAAUCAAACAAUAUUACCUGACUUAAUAAUAAGAUAUAUUAUUGAAUUACUUUCAAAACAACUCCAUUAUCAUCAACACUAUUUCAAUGUAUUAUCAUUGUCAUUGAUAUCUCAUUAUUGGUUAGUCAACAUUGUCUCGAAAUCAACACUUAAGAAAAGGAAUUUUAAUCGAUAUGUCAAUUGGAUACAGAAAUAUAAUGAUACACUACAAACCUAUUGGUCAUUCUUUUCGAUGACUUUUGUACAUUUACCAGAGGAUCAAGAUAUAAUUAAGAAGAUCUCAGCUCAGAAAGUUAAGAAUCUACAGCAGGUUCUCUCACAUAGAAAUAUUUGUAAAUUCAAUGAAACACCUUUCAUAUUACCAAACAAAGAUGAACCAUCAUACCAAUCUCUUAGAUCAUUAUCAUUCUCUUUAAAAUUCAGAAACAAAGUGCCAUUCACUACCUCUACUACUUGUAUAACCAAAAAGAAUAGCUAUAGUGAAUGUUUUACGAAUAUUCACUCACUAGAAUUGAAUCAUUAUCAUACCGAUGAAUGGAGUAUGAUGAUCGAUGCAGCCGCCAAGUCGCCGUCAGAUGAACCACAGUCAUUGUUAGCAGGUCUGACCCAACUUCGUCACCUCUCCAUUUCCAACGAGAACCAAAGUGAUAGCAAUGACAUUAAUAUCGCCUUGUAUACAGAGUAUCGACUAAACCUCACCAGCAAUGUAUUUAAACUGGAAAUGGCAUCGAUCGGUCACCAACUCAAAACCAUCAAGAUUAAAGUACUUUUAAAUUUAUUUUGA